UCAAGGGCCCCGGGGUACUGAUGUGCAGCAUAGACAACAUGCCCACACAGCUGCCCAGGGAAGCCACGGAUUCGUUCGGUUCUCAGCUGUUGCCUCACAUGUAUGACAUCUUGCAGUCUGAUGCCUCAAAGCCCCUCGAGGAGCAGUCGUUCACCCACGAAGUUCAUGGGGCCUUUAUAACCAGCGGUGGUAGACUAACUCCGAAUUUUGAAUACAUUGCUGAUCUUCGAGCCCAGAGAAGGUAAAUAACUCCAGGGUAGUUGUUUUGUUGUUAAUUCUAUGGAUAUUGUCAU